AGCGCAUACGGCUGUGUUCAUGUCAAACAGAAAUUAUACUGAAUUAUACCAGAAAUUAUAAUCAUCUCUAUGAUUAAUUAAUUAUGCCGAAAAGGCCAUUGUCGGAGCCAAUACCUUCAUCACAAGGUAAGAGCCAGGUGGGAAGAAGCCGCCGGGUUGCUAGCACCAGCACCUGCAGCAGGAGGGAUGUCCUUCCUUUCAGCUCAGGCUUCUCCAGGGAGCCCACUACUGCACCCUCCACCACUCCGUCCACCCAGCAUGGGCACAACAGGCCGGAGAGUGACCGCAGACAGCAGCCAACCCAGGGCCCAGCUUCACCUGCGGCAGCUGCAGCCCCCACUGGCAAAAGCAGGAGAAAGAGGGUCUACAGCGACAUGGGGAAGAAAAUUACUCAGACGUCCUCGGGUACCACAAACGUGGGCAACAUGGCCUCAGGUGUGGGUAGCUCCGAGCGUCCUUCCAAGCUGAGUGGUCACAGCAAAGUGCCCAAGUGUCCAAGAGCAGGAGAUGUUGGUGGUUCCUGGGCGGGGCCAUCUUCCACUGACCAGAAAUCCACAUCAAGGACAGCAUCACUGCAAAUAUGCCAGGUCAACGGUUCGGACAAGGCAGAGGCCAACAAGAAACCUCAAGCCGCACAAAAGAGGAAGAUGGGUUCCUCGGACAAGGGGACAUCUAACCAGAACACCAGCACGGCAAACCCAUCAAUUAUGAAAAAGAGACGUUCUGAGCCUUCCACAGAAAAGACGCCAAGAGAGCCCUCUGACCCAACCCUCCCUCAAGCAACCUUUGAAUCACGCUACACAGUUGGAGAAAUGCUUGGUAAAGGAGGGUAUGGAUGUGUUUAUGCAGGAACCAGAAAGUCUGAUGGAUUACCAGUUGCCAUUAAGGUGGUCGCCAGGGCCCGUGCACUUAAAUAUAUUACCAUGCCCGCCGACGGCGUGAGCCUCCCUCUGGAGGUGGCCCUCAUGAGAAUAGUGUCGGCCCCCGAGUGUCCCAACAUCGCCAAGCUCCUGGAGUGGUUUGAGGGCCCCAUCGUCUUCAUUUUUGUCCUGGAGCGCCCCGUGCCCUGCAUGGAUUUAUUGAACUACUGCCGGAGACUCCCAAGCCGCCUCAGUGAGAACCAAGCGAAGCACAUCAUGCGUCAGGUGGUCCUUGCUGCAAAACACUGCCGAGACCGUGGCGUUCUACAUCGUGACAUUAAGCCAGAGAACCUCUUGGUGAACACUGACGAUGUGACUAUCAAACUUAUUGACUUUGGCUGUGGAGACCUCUUGAAAGAGAGCCCCUAUGACACAUUUGCUGGCACAAAUGCAUUUAUCCCACCAGAGUGGUGGUUACAGAAAAGCUACCAGGGCCGCCCUGCCACCGUUUGGUCCCUGGGUGUGCUGCUCUAUAACCUCCUCUGUGGCAAGCUGCCAUUUGCGGGCGAGGGCGAGGUUGUCUCUGGACACCUGCAGUUCAGCAGGGGACUAUCCUGUGAAUGCCGCAAUCUCAUUCACUGGUGUUUGAGGAAAGACCCAACCAAACGGCCAGUCCUGGAGGAAAUCCUCCAGCACAAGUGGUUCUCCACAGAGUAGGGUUAGGUUACAGCAAGGAGAGAGAGGAGGAAACUGAAACAUCAGGAACUGACAUUGGGGUCUAUUAGGUCCACAAGUGCACAGGGGCAUCUAGUCUCAGAAGGGUUGGUUGAUUGAGAUUGUGAGGUGUCUCACUGAGCUCUCCUAACCCUGCUGGGUUUAUAAUCCACCAUGAAGAAGUCCCCCUGUAGACGGAGCAGGCAGCAUCUACCAUCCCAUAUCUGGCCUGCUCCGGAGAACACCCCCUAUGGAUGACCAGGUUCAGCCGGGCUGGUUGAAUGUCACUCUCCCAGCCUGGCUGGCUGUUGGCUGCACACCCAGCCAGUAUGUGUACAAGUACCACGGACUGGGCCUGUUGUGGGAAGCACUUUUCAUUUCAGUAAAAAGACUGCUCCAGAAAGACAUUCAUCUGAGUCUGCUGUUUCCUGCCUCCAUCUCCACUGUACCAGCUAUCUCAUUUUAGCAAUGA